AUGGAUAAUACAAAAUCAAAUGAAUAUAAUGAAAUGACAAGUGAAGAAAAAGACAACUUAUGUGAUAACAAUAAUAUUAUAAUACAAGAUUUAAUUUCAAAACAUAAUAGACAAAAACAAAACAAAACAGAAAUUUUGAAUCUAAACGAAAAUGAAAAAGAUAAUUCAAAACAACAAUUCAAAAGGCAACUCACUUCUACAAGUCAAUAUGGAGAUGAUUUAAAUGUUGAUCAAGAUAGUAAUUUUCAAGUGAUUACAAAUCCCAAUAAAAGAAAACAACAAAAAUUACAUAAUAGAAAUUUACAUAAAGGUAUUAAUAAUAACAAUAUAUACUUUAACGACCACAAUAGUCCGCAAACACCAUCAAAUAAUAACGGACGUUUAUUCUUUAACAGAAACAGAAAAACAAACAAUUAUACAUUAGGUUAUUCAUAUGAACAGCAAACUGAAAUGAAUCAUCGUGACACGAGAAAGGAAAGAAAAAAUAUAUGUCAAACUUUAUCAGCUAAUGAUGAAUCAGAACGAAAUAAUAUUAAUCAAAUGAAAAAUGAUAAAUAUCAUAACACAAACAACACAAACAUUAAUAUAUCCCAACAUGCAUUAAAUUAUGCAAUUGAACAACACCUUCCACUAAUCUACAUUAAAUGUAACCCAAAAGUAUCAGAUAAUACAAAAGCAAAAGGAAUAAUAAAUGCACUAAUUACACACAUAAAAGAUGAUUUUUAUAAAUUAAAUAAAUACUAUAAUCAACCUUUGGGUUUUGAAUAUUGGUAUAUUAACAACAAGGGUGAUUUGAUAUGUCACACUAGACAAAUUGAACUCUAUGUAUAUUUAAGUGAUACACAUAAUUAUCCAACAUCAGUUGAGUCUAUUAUUUUAGAACCUCAGAAACCAAAACAUCUUCCUGGACAACAUUCUCUAGUACUAAAAUAUGUACCAAAUUAUAUUACAAUUGAUGUUAUUCAAAAUGAAAUUGGUAUUGACAAAGAUCUAAUUUUUAACUUAGAAGAAAUGAAUGGGUCAAGAACAGAUAAAUAUAGACAUAUACGUCUAGAAAUCAAAACUACGAGUGAAUAUAAUAGUUUACUAAAGAAAGGUGGAAUUACGAUUGAUGGAUUAUUGAUUGAAAUUAAAGAAUUUCUCUCUCCUCCACGUAUACUAAUAUGCACCAAAUGCAAUGAUCCAGAUCACGUUCGGAAAAAUUGUAAACUAGGAUAUGAAGCAUGUCGUCGAUGUGGUGAAGACCGAUCAGUGGGGAAUCACAAGGAAUGCAAAUUAUGUUGUCAUAGAUGUAAACAGGAACACAUGGCUACAGACUAUCAAUGUCAUUACAUAAUCGAUUAUCGUCGUUGUCUUCUACAACAACUAAAACAAAAACCUUACUUACUACCUCCAAAUGUUCAAAUUUUUAUACCAACAGAAUAUAGAGAAAAUGGAAACAGAAACAACAAAAUUAUUAAUAAUACCACAAUGAACAACCAAAACAAGUCAAUCGCAAGAACAAGUGAUAAUAAUCAACAAAUACCAUUUAAUAUUAAAUCAUUCAGUUGGCCUUCACUUUCAAUAAAUCAACAAAAUAAUAAUUCAAAUGUAUCAUCCGAAGAAGCAAUAUGGAGUGAACUAAAAAGAACACAAUCUGAAAUUGAAAAAAUUAAUGUAAAUUUCGAAAAUAAAGUAAAAAACUUACAAACAAAAUAUAACGACAAUAUAAUUAAAUUGAAAACAUCAAUACAAGUUUUAACCGCCCAAACAAAAUAUCACAAUGAGAAUACUCUCUAA